AAAAUACCCGAAGGGCCCUAACCCGCGCCAUGGCUCUCAGCCUCUCCUCAUCUCUGACCUCUCAGCUCUCACUCUCUCAAAUCUCAAUCCUCUCCUCUCCUGAGUCUCCUCUCCUCUCAUCUGGUGCGCUGCUACGUGCCGGACCUGCCGGUGCUGCGAGCCUACGAACGAUCCACUCCACACCUUUAGCAGCUCAAGCCAUCGUCUCCUCCAGGCUCCACGGACCACAGCCACAGGCAUCUGUCAUCCCCAGCUCCACAGACCACUUGAGGCUGCAUGUAUUAUGCAUAUUUAAUAUUUAUGACUCGGCCUGUUGGUGACCCGCCCGCCCGUUUUGCCAGGCCUAGAUCGGGGACUGCUCACUGCCGCUGACUCUAUUUGGCGCUGGUUCAAGCCAUGGCGGAGAUGCCUCACCUGUGUCAUGCUUUAGUAUCUUCCCUGCUUUGAACCAACGCCACCGCGACCCCCAUCCCGACCUACUCUUAUUCACCUUCAAAAUUUGCCAUCAUUUCAUCUCAUAAGCUUCCUUAGUCGUUUACCGCUUCUUAAGCCGCCGGCAAUUGAGUGAGAGAUAACAAAUCAUUAUCAGUUCCAAAACACUCUCUCUUUAUGCUGAUUUGCUCAUCUAACUGAAUCAUCUCCACCGAAUCCAGGUUUCAGAGUCAAAUCAACAUGUCGACUGGUGAUGGCGGGUCAGGGAAAACAUAUGAAGAGGCACUGGAUGCGAUGUCCUCUUUGAUUACCCAACGCAAUCGUCUAGGUCCAGGCAUGCUGAGCAAUCGAUUUAAGUCCUAUUUCAAAUAUUUAAAGAUGCUGGACUUGGAGGAGCCAAUAUCCCAGAUGAAAAUUAUUCACGUGGCAGGGACCAAAGGAAAGGGAUCAACAUGCACAUUUACAGAAUCUAUAUUACGCAAUUGUGGUUUCCGGACUGGACUUUUCACAUCUCCGCACCUCAUUGACAUUCGAGAAAGAUUCCGCUUGGAUGGCAUUGAUAUAUGUGAAAAGAAGUUUUUGGCUUACUUCUGGUGGUGUUGGGCUACGCUAAAGGAAAAAACGAACGAAGAUAUACCAAUGCCUACUUUAUUUCACUUCCUUGCAUUACUUGCAUUCAAGAUAUUUGCAGCUGAGCAGGUUGAUGUUGCUAUCUUGGAGGUCGGGAUAGGAGGAAAGUUUGAUGCAACAAAUGUGGUUCAGACCCCUGUUGUGUGUGGUAUAUCUUCCCUAGGGUAUGAUCAUAUGGAAAUUCUUGGACAUACUCUUGCCGAAAUUGCUGGGGAGAAGGCUGGUAUAUUCAAGCAUGGAGUUCCGGCCUUUACAGUAUCCCAACCUGAUGAAGCAAUGCGUGUACUUGAAGAGAAAGCUUCCAACUUGGAUGUAGAUCUUCAAGUAGCACCUCCGUUGGAUGCCAACUUGCUGAAUGGUCUACAACUUGGGCUUGAUGGUGAGCAUCAGUAUGUAAAUGCUGGUCUUGCCAUUGCACUGUGCUCUACUUGGCUUCAGAGGACUGGCCACAUCGAUAUAACCUAUCCUGACCACGGCACUCUACCGGAGAAGUUCAUCAAGGGGCUGACAACAACAACUAGUUUGCAAGGGCGGGCACAGGUUGUCCGUGAUCAGCUGCGUCAGCAUAUAAAUAUUGAGAAUCCAGGAGAUCUGGUGUUCUAUUUGGAUGGAGCCCAUAGUCCUGAAAGCAUGGAAGUCUGUGCAAAAUGGUUUUGCCUGGUCACUAAAGAGGAUAAACACCAAAAGAACUACUUGAAUCAUGAGCCACGGGUUGAACCCGGAUCUUCAAAUGAAUUGGUUCAUGGAUACCCCGAUGAAACUUCGAAGAAGAAUUCCGCACAGAUAUUGCUGUUUAAUUGUAUGUCUGUGCGGGAUCCUCAUUUGCUUCUCCCGAAACUGAUGAAUACAUGUGCUAGUUAUGGAGUUCACUUCAGGAAGGCACUCUUUGUUCCAAAUACGUCUUUGUAUAAUAAGGUUGGUACCCAUGCCUUGCCAACUGAUUCUCAAGUUGAUCUAUCAUGGCAGAUGACUCUUCAAAGAGUAUGGGAAAACCUCAUCCAAGGUGAAAAAGAUGGGGGUACAAAGAAUGCUGAGCAGAUUUGUGAGGAAGGUAAAAAUGAUGCAGUAAAUAGUGCUACAAAUUGUAAGAACAGUGAAGUGUUUCCUUCACUCCCACUAGCUAUUAAAUGGCUCAGGGAGACUGCCCAACGAAAUCGGUUUGAUUGUUUACAGGUUCUUGUCACUGGUUCUUUACAUCUCGUGGGUGAUGUGUUGAGGUUAGUCAAGAAGUGAGGCAUGGAUGGUUAAUGUCCUUUCAGCUGCUCGCACCUCCCUCCAUGUUAGUCAGAGGUGAAAUUUAUUUCUGGGUCAACUUCCAGCCAUAGAAAGUGCUAGCUGAAGUGCCUCCGGGAUGCUGUUUAUGAAAGUAGCCACCGAGUACUGCACAAGGAAGAGUUGGUUUCUGUGCAGUUCUGUUCAUGAAGCUCGGUAACGAUUACACUCUCUUAAAUAUAUAGUUCAAUUUGUUGUGCCUUACCUUAUUUAUGAUUAAUGGAAAAUAAUGAUAGUUUAGUUCCAACAAAUGAUUACAUAAUACUUUGAGGGUCUGUAAAAUUCUCGCUACAGUUUGUUCGAGGACAAUAAAGCUGUGCUUGAGAAAAUGACUGGUCCCCAGAACAAUCUGGGCAUUCUUUUUCCAAUUACCAAGAAUAAAGUUCAUUUUUGAAUUUUGUGCA